GAACCUUUACAUUAUCUCCAGGAAUGCACACACGUGCUCAGCUUGGAUUGAGUCUCGUUUGACAGCAAGGCACCUGAAGCUGGUCAAGACCAUGGAUCCGCCAGCGAAUUCGGAGAAAUCUCAUCUUAUUAACGAAAAAAAUACCAAAAUGUAUUCCCUAAAACUAAGAAGUGAAUUUCCUGGUUCCAAAGAAAGCUACCCCAAUCUGCCUUUUGAGAAUGGGGACUCCACUGGGGCCAUUGAGUUGAAGAGGCCUGUUGGAGCCCAUUGCCACGGAAGCAAAGCAGUAUGUGAGGAGAACCGCGAGAAGCUAGUGGCUAAGAAAAAGCUGUAUGUUGCUUCCAUAGUCUGCCUGGUCUUCAUGAUUGGAGAAGUCAUUGGUGGCUACCUUGCCCACAGCUUGGCCAUCAUGACAGAUGCGGCUCAUCUGCUCACUGACUUUGGCAGCAUGAUGGUCAGCGUGUUCUCCCUGUGGAUCUCCUCCCGACCUCCCACAAAGAUCAUGAACUUCGGGUGGCACAGAUCAGAGAUUUUGGGAGCAUUGAUAUCCGUAAUGUCCAUCUGGAUAGUUACUGGGAUACUGGUGUACCUUGCUAUUGAGAGGAUCGUAAAGAAUGAUUAUGAGAUUGAGGGCCAUGUUAUGCUCCUCACCUCGGGUUGUGCUGUUGUGGUCAACAUCAUAAUGGCAUACAUCCUACACCACUCCAGUACCUUCCAUGGUCAUGGCUCGGGCUAUCACAAGAUCGAUGAAAAUGGAAUAAGCCCCAUAGGCCAUGGCCACUCCCACAGCCUCCUGGGUAGCCAUGGAAACACCAGUGUCAGGGCAGCAUUUAUCCAUGUCUUGGGUGACCUCUUACAGAGCUUUGGAGUGAUGGUGGCAGCCAUCAUAAUCUAUUUUCGGCCUGAAUACAAAGUGGCUGACCCAAUCUGCACAUUCCUCUUCUCUGUGUUUGUACUCGGGACCACAGUCACCAUCCUGGGUGAUGUAUUCCGUAUCCUCAUGGAAGGGGCACCCAAAGGAAUUGAAUUUAACUCAGUGAAGGAGGUGCUGCUGUCCCUGAAAGCUGUCAAGGCCAUGCAUAAUCUGCAUUUAUGGGGCCUAACCAUUAGCCAGACCCUGCUUUCUGUCCAUGUGGCGAUUGAGGAAAAUGCAGAUCCUCAGAGUGUCCUAAAGGAAGCCACAGAGCUCCUGCAGACCAAGUUUGGCUUCUACAGCACCACCAUCCAGGUAGAGCCCUACUGUGAAGAUAUGGCCUACUGUACCCUGUGCCAGGACCCUAUGGACUAAUGUUAGCAUGCAAACCCAGUGAGAAAGGCUGUUUAGGAGGCAGCCUGUACAAAAUAUAUGUGCAUAUUUCUAAAUCCUUUUCUGGGAGUUCAGCCAAAUAUGGAAAAAUUGUACACAUGCAUUAGUCAUGCACACUUUUGUCAAGCACCAUUUAAAAUUUGUGAGAGGCCACAUUGCAUUAGAAGUUGUUUUCUUCACACAAUGCUAAACAGACACUGAAUGAAAUGUAACUUGCUUAAGGCUUUACUAGUAUUGUGAUUCAGUUCUGACUUUUGCUCCACUGCCUGCCUGUGGGCUCAGAGGGUAAAAGAUGGGUAUCGAUGUGACUACACUGAAAACAAUUAGGGUUGGGUCUUAUGGCUUAACUGACCUCUCCCUGUGCUGGGUCUGCUCCUACAGUCAAUGAGAAAGUCCAUCAAUCUAAAGCUUGAAGAAAGCUGAUGCUCAUGUCAACGCAGAAUUUGUCAGAGAUCUCGAUAUUGACCUCUUGUGAUGUGGUACAUUGCCACUUAAAAAAGAAACUAGUUGAUGUUAGUACCCUCCAUUCUCACUGUUAUUAUAAAAGCUGAGGAAACAAACAUUCCUCAAUCUUUUGUUUUUUUGUUUGUUGUGAGAAUUGUUAUCUGAGCCAAGAUGACCAAUGGAAUGAAAGUUAGAGGGUAUUGCAAGGAGCUAAGUCUUAGAAAAGUGUUUCUCAUAUCUGUUAUCAAAGUCACAAAAUGUGCUUGCUUAGCACUAUUGUGCUCUUGGCUGUUUCUGAUGCUUCUCUCAUAUGCCAGCCCUACAGCACUAGCAACCUGUUUUUUUCUGCACAAUCAAUUUAUGAGGAAGAGACAAAUGAAUGCUAAUGCUGACACAUGGGGGCUAAUACACUUGCACAUAAUGUACAGGAUUUCUGUCUUGGCUCUCCUUGCCUCCACACUGCCACAGCUUCCAAUAGCUGUAACAUUCCAAUGGGCACCAAAAAUGCCAGUGUUGCUAAGAACAGACAGAACCCAGUAGCAUCAAUAAACGUAUGCAAGUGAUAUCCUUUGUACAGGUCCAAGAACUGAAACAUUUCUUAGUAGCUGUCAAUAAAUAACUUUUAACCACUGAACCCUAUUAGCAACAUUAGCAUUUUUGUUCAAAGUAUACUGGUAAGGUCAUGGUAACUGACAUAUCUGAAAUAACCACAAAACAGCUAGGAUCUAUUAAUAAAUAUCGCAACAUAUUACUUCACAACCAACUUUCAUCAGAAUGCACAUUUAUUAAAAACACCUUUUAGGUGUUCUUUUAGAGGCUAUAGGCCAUUUGUUGCAAUGCACAGUUAAUGUCCACCAUCUAUGCAUCAACAAUCAGUUUCUGUAUACAGGAAUGCUGUAUAUGUGUGAAAGGUCCAGUUACACUGCUGUGUCUAGUACCCUCAUACCAUUGCAAAAACUAUUAUUACUCUCACUGCUGUGUUGAGAAUGAUGUGCCAUGCAAAUAAUAUCUGUUAAAGCAGUAGUCCUGUGGCUGGAAAUAAAACAGUGGUAGAGUGACUUACAAUUUGUGCGUAGUGAGCUUGGAUACAGUUAAAUACUUCUAAAUGCACCUGUAAGAUAGUAGACCCAAUAAAGUGGCCAAUGAGUGUAGGUGCAAGGUAGGUUUGAUGUCAAGUUUCACGACAUGAUCCUAUAACCAUGUUUCUUGAAAAAAUGCAGCCAGUUUAAGUAAAAACAUUUCUUUUUACUGAGCUUAUUAUUGUAUAUUUGUGCAGCAUAUUCUGCAUAUAUAUUACCAUAAUUCACAGGAUUCAGCUUUACAUAAAGAGAAAACUCCCACCAUCACAUCUUCUCUGACUUGCCAUGUAGCUGUUGUGUUUUAAGGCCUGCUUAAAGUGUUUUGAUGAAAUGUUGUCGUGGUCUGCACUGUAUAACGGCAAGUAUACGUGUCCUUUUCUUUAAUGAGGCUAGACACACUUGCAUGGGUGCUUUGUGAGCUGUUUUCUUUCAUGCCAAAAAAGACUGCCAACCACAAGAAUCUUUAUCAAAGUAAGGACCUCACUGUCUGUUAAAAUACUUUCAUUAAAGUCUAUAUUUUGUCACUUUUGAUAAAAUGCGUAUAUUUUAAAUGUAAAUAUUUGAACCUAUGAAGCCAUGAUGAAUAAACAAUAAAAUGAAAGAUGGACCAACAUAAAUUAGUAUAUUUUUGAUAAUAUAUAUGGGUUGUAGUACAUGAGGAUCUGGGUUUAACAGUGCUGAACAGAAAGUCUGUUAUUGUACACAGAGGAUGACAGAAAGGUUUAGGAAAGUAUACUUCCCUUCUUUCCUCAUAAUCUUGGAAUGAUAGGCUUCGGUAUGCAAUGUCCUUUUAUGCUGUUCUGAGACCGGUUUGCAUUGUGUCUAACACCGAUUAAGAGUAAAUUUGGGUUUGAGGAAUUGGUCUUAGAUUAGUGUUUAGACAUGUACUCCUAGAUCUGUUUAUUGGAUUUCAUAUGUUUCAGUAAUCCUAUGUAAUCCCAGUGUUAGGGUUAGCUCUAUCUGAUAUCAAGAUAGUAACAUUUUCUGUUGAAAACUUUCAAAUGAAACCAAAGUAGGCCAGGAAACCUAUUGCAAUUAAUGUGCACUACCACCAAAACAGAUAAGAGGGACGGGGAAAAAAGCCCUUACCAUCUUAAUUCAACAAGAGUAAUUUUGCUUAGGGCAUGACUUCUGGAAUGACAGCUGGAAUGUCCUUAUGUUGCUAAUGUAGAUUCAGAAGUGUAAAUUAAACUAAUUCUGCUAAACUGAAUUUAGAGAAAAAUGGCAAUUAACUCAGUAAUGGAGGCUUUAAUUUUGGCAGCAGUUCCAGAGAAUAUAUAAUCAUCAGUCAUGCUUCAGAUGUGUUCUGUAUUUUUGUGCAAUGACAGAAGUCAGUGUUGUACUGUGGAAAUUGUAAAUUUUCUAUGUAAUUAUUGUGUGUGCCAAGACUUUGUGAAGGUAUAUAUAAAUUUGCUUACUAUAUAAGCAAAAUUGUGUAUUUAAUCCACUGUGUAAAUGUUUUGUUGUACAAUAUGUACCAACAUAUAAUCACUGGUCUACUAGACAUUUGUUAUAGUGAGUUUUUGUAGCCUGCAAUAAAACAACCGUAAACUGGUCAAUA